GAAAAUCCAAAUGUGUAUUGAAUACUUAUACAUAUAUUUUAGGUAUAGCCUACAAAAAGAAACUAUGCUUUCUAAUUUGGAUGUAUAUAAUAACCAACCACAUCCACCUAUUCUUCUCAGUCUUUUUUCUACUCUCAAACUAAACCACAAACACAAAAUAUCUUUCCCCCUCUAAACAUCUUCCCACCAAACUAGCCCUUCUUUCAUUACAUUUGAUGGAUCACUCUUCUUCUUUGGAAUCACAUCUUGAUGACUGCCGGAGAAGGUCUCAGGCGAAGGGCAUGGGGAGAGUACUGAAUAAUAAUAAUGAUAAUAUCAAGAAGAAGAAAAGAGUCAAAGAAGAUUUUGAUGAUGAAAAGAUCAAUGUUUCAAAGCAUCAAAGUUUUAGGGGGGUGAGAAUGAGACAAUGGGGAAAAUGGGUCUCCGAGAUCAGAGAGCCAAAGAAGAAAUCAAGAAUCUGGCUCGGUACCUUCCCCACGGCUGAGAUGGCUGCUCGUGCUCACGACGUGGCGGCUUUAGCCAUAAAAGGUGACUCUGCUCAUCUCAACUUCCCGGAGCUAGCCUACCACCUCCCUAGACCGGCUAGCGCCGACCCUAAAGACAUCCAAGCCGCUGCAGCGGAGGCUGCAGCUUCAGCCUUCAUUGAUAUGGAGGUAGAGACGUCGUCACCGUCUACCGGAAGCACGGAACUGUCGUCUCCAGCUAUGGCCUCAAUAGCUGACGACGCGUUCUCCGACCUCCCUGAUCUCUUGCUCGACGUGAACCACAAAAACGAUGGGUUUUGGGAGUCAUUCCCUUACGAAGAACCCUUCUUCUCGGGAAAUUACUACUAAACAAAGACGGUAUCAUCUUCGUUUCCUUUUUUCUUUGUCAUGUGAAAACUUUUUGAGGAAAAAGAAAUCACCUGUUGAUUUAAAUUGUAACGUUUUAUGAUCGAUUUUAUUUUGUUUUCUCUCUUUUAUUUUUUAUUUUUAUUUUUUUGUAAAACUUUUACGUGGGAAAAUGUAUGUCGAUAUGUACAAGUUAUAAAUGUUAUUUGUUUUGUAACAAAGACCCAUUCAUGUUGUCAUGUUGGAUGGAGUCUUCUUGUGGGUAGGCCUGUUGUUUCCUACAACUGUUUAUUUCCCCUAAGGUUUUUCAGAUGUAUGUUUCUGACCACUACAUUUACUUUUAGGUCUGACAUUGCUUUUCUCCUCCAAUAUAAAAGCUGGCAUAUUUGAGUCGAAA